UUCUCUGGGUUUUAAUGUCUUGAUUUUUUAUAGUUGUUAUUUUUGUUACUCUGGACUUUUAUUAUGAAAAUCCCUGUCAACGUGCAAACGGAAGUAAGCAUGUGUAUAAUAUUUGAACGCACUCGUCUGUCAAAUGGAAGGCAGCAGCUCUAGUGCGAGUGAAUAUGUCGACCUUGUCCUUGCUGCUUUCAAACCUGCUUAGAAAUAAGGAGAGUUUUAAGAGACUGAUCGCGCACUUUAAGUAUUUGCACACUAGAAGCGGAAUAUGGACGAUCAACACAAGCACUCCGUGGAUCUCGAGCUCCCGGGGACCGAAAUCUGCUCUCGUGUCCCGGAGACGGGUUCCUGCGGGGCAGUUGACAGCAGGGAACAUGUGCUCCAGCUCCAGUGAGGAUAAAACCAGCUGGCUCUGGUCUGUCUACAAUGAAACCAAACAGCAAACGCAAGAUUUAAUUCCUGUCAUAUCAAGCAACUUUGUGAACCCAGACACCAUCUUUGCUAAUAAUCAGAUGAGUCUGCAGGACAUUGAGAUCUAUGGCUUUGACUAUGAUUACACACUUGCAUUCUACUCCAGCCACCUUCACACACUCAUAUUCAACAUCGCCCGAGACAUCCUCAUCGAUGAGCACAGGUAUCCAGAAGGACUGAAGGCAUAUGAUUAUAUGCCGAAUUUUGUGAUUCGUGGUCUGCACUAUGAUGUACAGAAGGCCUUACUGAUGAAGAUUGAUGCCUUUCAUUAUAUCCAGCUGGGUACGGUGUACAGGGGUCUUAAUCCUGUGCCAGAAAAGGAGGUCAUUGCGAUGUACGAGGGCUCCCAUGUACCCCUCGAGAUCAUGAGUGACUUCUAUGGCAAGAGCUCUCAUGGUCACACCAUGAAGCAGUUCAUGGAUAUCUUCUCCCUGCCAGAAAUGACGCUGCUAUCAUGCGUUAAUGACUACUUCAUGAAGCACAACAUCGACUAUGAGCCUGUUCAUCUUUAUAAAGACGUCAAGGAGGCCAUAGGAGAUGUCCAUGUCAGAGGGAUUAUGUACCGAGCGGUAGAGGCUGAUAUCGAGAAGUACAUCUGUUACGGUGAACAGACGCAUGCUGUUUUACGGAAGCUGUCUAAGAACGGGAAGAAGAUGUUUUUGAUUACAAACAGUCCUUUUGAUUUUGUAGAUCGAGGGAUGAACUACAUAGUUGGUAAAGACUGGCGGGACCUGUUUGAUGUUGUGAUAGUGCAGGCCGACAAGCCAGGCUUUUUCAAUGACAGGAGGAAACCAUUCAGACGAGUUACUGAUAAAGGCGUGUUGCUAUGGGACAGAAUCCACCACCUUGAGAAAGGACAGAUCUAUAAACAGGGAAACCUGUAUGAGUUUUUGCGGCUUACGGGCUGGAGGGGCUCAAAGGUUUUGUACUUUGGAGAUCACAUUUACAGCGAUCUUGCCGAUUUGACCCUGAAACACGGUUGGAGAACAGGAGCUAUCAUUCCUGAGCUGCGUAAAGAGAUCAAAAUCAUGAAUACUGAGGAGUAUGUCCACACCCUGACCUUGCAGCAGGCCCUGACCGCACUGCUGGAACAAAUGCAGGUGCACCAGGACCCUGCAUCACAAACAGUCAUUCAGCAGUGGAUCAAUGAAAGGGAGGAGAUGAGGUUACGGACCAAAGACAUCUUCAACACCCAGUUCGGGAGUCUUUUCCGCACAUACCACAACCCGACCUACUUCUCGCGCCGUCUUUCCCGCUUCGCCGACAUCUACAUGGCAUCCCUCAGCUGUCUGCUGAACUACGACCUCCAGCACACCUUCUACCCCAGACGCACACCCCUGCAGCACGAGUCUCCCAUCUGGCCCGAGCAGACCAGCACCAGAGCCAUGAACAUCCCCUUCCAGAGCCACAGGACAACCACAGGAUCCGAAUAGAGAGACUGUACAAGACGCAUGCUGUACCACAGAGCAGCUGCAGUUACAUGUUACAUCACUUUAAUCAGAUUCACUCUAGUUUAAAGACACGUUUGGGUGAGUCACUUCAUAUAACUUAGAUCUGCGUAGAUCUGUGCUGUGGUACAUGCAAUCUGUGGAUACCUUCUUUUUUAUACCGUGUAAAACACUACAUGGACAAGAGAGUAGUUAAGAAACUUUAUGGUGUUUUAAUGUGCCUCGCAGUGUAAGGAAGAUUUUAUUUUUGUAGUUUGUAGCCUUUCUUUCCUCAUUGGCCUUCAUAAAACUCUCCAUUAUGCUUAUUGAUAGACUAAGGGAGAGAAAGUGAAUGUACAUACGGAAGGGUUAAAAAUCAAGCUGAUUUUGAGCUAAAGCUGGUUGCAGACAGAUUUUUUUGAAUCAAAAAGGAAACUCUCAGGAAGGCAGAUGGACACUAUAUUCAUUUUGAAAUGAUCAUAAAAACAGUUUCAAUGUUUAAUGUUUUAAAAAGCCUUUCAUACUGUGUUUAGCAAUAUUUGAU